AUGUCCUAUGGCGGAGUGACCUUUCCAGGCAGGACAUCGCCAGUGAUUCCGCCACAGCAGUUCCAACCGCCCAUUUCACCGCAGCCUCAGCAGUCACAGAUCCAACCAGGAUCGUUUACCUAUACGACGACGACGGGUACAGAUGGACAGACCGUAUACCACCUCUUCAGAGCUGUCGCUGCGAGCUACCAAACACCCCAAGGGGUUGUGAGUGGAAUACAAUGGGUGCCCGCGGAAGCGACCCAGGUGAUACCUGCGGGAGCCACCCCGGCAAACGCAGAUUUCAUGGCAUCCUUUGGCCGCUCUCAGACUGACGGGGGUUCUAACAGAGAAUGGCAAAGGGACGAAGAUAGACGGCGUAGGAAAGACAAGGAACGUCGCGAGCGAGAUGACAAGGAACUUCGCAAGGCUCGCGAGAGGGAUGUUCGCACAGAUCGUCAGCGUCGGCCUAGCUUCAAUGGCGGGUAUCCGCCGUACGCUGGUGGUGACCUUGACCGCAGGAUGCAGGAGCUUGAUCUUGAUCGCCGCGAUCGUGAGUAUGAGCAUGAGCGCAAGAUGAGUGCAAACAUACCUGCUCCUCGUUCACGUCGAGGUUCGUUUUAUGGUGAUCGUCCUGCUGGAUACCAGCCGGCGCCUGGCGGUCCUCAAUAUCCUGCUCCGGGUGCAUACCCAACGCCUGCAUCGACAGCUUACACUGGAUCCCCGCCCUCCACUUAUGCUGCGUCGGCGUAUGCUUCUGGACAGCAGUAUUCUCGUCCGAGCGGCUACCCUCCCUCCCCGCGUCCUGGUGACGCUGUGUCUAUUGCCAGGCCUGUGUCGCCUUAUCACAAUCCUGGUGUCGGGCAACGACCCGCCUCACCGUAUCAAGUGCCUCGUCCGGUUUCUCCAUUUUCAGGGGCCGGGGUGCCCCGCCCCUUGUCGCCCUACUCGGGUGGGAUGCAACGCCCCCCGUCUCCGUAUCAGCCCCCAAUCGGUCGCGCUGCCUCGCCUAGGCCUGGUUCUGCGGUAUAUCCUCCCGGUCAUGUCAUGGAAGGGCAGCCUAUCAGACGGCCUCUCUCACGGGCCGCAAGUCCUAUCCCUGGCGUGUCACCGUACGGUCCCGCCCCUGGAGCGUAUGGUGCCCCUGCAUAUGGUGCCCCGUAUGGAGCUGGGGCUGGUGGCUAUCCCGCUACUGGUAUCCAGCGAAGUGCGUCUCCUCGCAUGCCUCUUGCGCCUGGCGAGCAGCAGCAGAUGCUUUCGGCGCCGGAGGGAUUCUCGCGUCCUCCUAACCUAGCGCAACCUUACACUCACUUUGAAAUGAUGAAGAUUCAGGAUAUGGAUGAUUUUUUGGAAGUCAUACCCCGCAUGCCUCUUGUCCUUGUCCCUCAUGACGUCUACCAUGAAGAUUGGAUACGUUUCAUGAAUGAUGUUGCGAUGGCUUGGUCUGGCAGGCUUCCUGUCCCAGACUAUGCACCAGAUGGCCGCCCGCCCAAACGCUCCACUCUUUCCGCUGAUCUGAUUGACUUGUGGAAUGCUUCCUUCUUCCUCAAACGCGGGGUUGAGCUGGUGCUAUACAAGGGUCGUGAGCGGCGCUCCGGCAAAAGCAUCGGCAUUGUCGAUCUCCACUUGCCUGGUUUUGACACAUACGAUGCCUACUCGUCUCCGUCCGACUCUGAUUCGGACAGUUCGGGCGAUUCUUCCAAUGACUCGGGAGACGACAGGUACGGCCGAUAUGGCGCCUAUGCCGGUGUUUACGGUCGCCAAGUUGAAGGUCAGAUGGCCGAGAUGCGCGAAGCCAGGCGCGUUCGCCGCGAGAAGAAGGCCGAGAAGAAGAUGCGCAAGAGAGAGAAGAAGAGAAGAGCUAAGAUGCGGGAGCUGGAGAGGAAGUAUUCUCUCUAUCUCACAUGCAUUUCUCCACGAGAAGGGGGGUUGGGCCCUCAAAUGUGA